ACACGUAAGUAAGGAAAGCAAUACAAAAAUUCAAAGGUUUUUUAUUUUUUCAUUUAUGUACGUCCAAUUUUCUACUCACCUCUUAACUUGAGUUGUAAAGAGUUUGAUAUCAUAAAAAGAUCAAGACAAAUGUCUACAAUCGGGUGGGUGAUGUUGUUGGUAAUUUUAAUGUUCGAUGGCGUAAACGGACGGCGAGUGGAUGUCGGAGGAAACUUAGGUUGGAAUCAAAAUAACAAUUUCUCCCUUUGGGCAUCUCAAGAGACCUUUUACAUCGGAGAUUGGCUAUAUUUCAGGUUUGACAAGAACUAUUUCGAUGUAUUAGAAGUAAACCAAACAAGCUACGAGAAUUGCAACUCUAAUAACUUCAUAGCAAACGUAACCAAAGGUGGAAGAGAUGUUUACCAACUCAAAGAAGCUAGACCUUAUUACUUCAUUUGUAGCAAAGGUUAUUGUUAUGGUGGCAUGAAAGUCGCUAUCAACGUCAAGAACUCGUCUCUUCCUGCUCCGUCCCCACAAGGAAAUAAUGCCGUUGGUCCAUCCAUGUAUCUAGCAAGCAUGAAUUUCAUGCUUGUUUUAUUUCUAGCAAUUUCAGUUUUUAUUACUCUCUUUGUUUAAAUUAAUAAAUUGGAUUGGUGAAUAAAUAGACCUGAUAUUUGGAGCUUAUUCUGGUUUCACUGGUGUUAAACUGAUAGAUAGAUUUAAAUAGUAUUGGUUGUAUCUUGCAAGGUACAACAGUACGAUGUCAUUUUUUUGAGCUUAUUCUAG